ACUGCUUAUUAUGAUUAACAAACACUGUUAACGAUGUCUGUCACAGUUGCAUUCACAGAUCUAAUACAUUUUACUUUCUCUGCUUCAAUUUGGGUCUAUUCCGUAGCUUCCUUGUGGUUUAUCUACCCCCGUAACGGUUACUAUACGAAAGUUUUCUUCGUAUUAAUGGUCAUAGCUGCCCUUGACGCGUUUAUCAGCCAGUCCGAGGAUUCAUUGCGUUAUUACAAUCCAGUGCGUUACAUACCUGAUGCGUAUUUAGUUUUAACUGUUUUCACAGUAAAAUUGUGUAUUUUUUCCUUUCUCUUUUAUUACGUGACAUCUUCGUUCCUGAGUCUUGAAACCCGGAUGUAAUGUAUCUAUAAGCUUGCUCUCGUACUAACACUGUUAAAUACCUGGGGACUGGUGAAACAUGAAUGGUGUGAUGUUAAGUCAAGGACUAAGGUCGCCAAUGCGGCACCUCGCCGGCCUACGGAGAGCCAAAGCUAUAUCAACCUCAAUAGUGCACAAUGAAACUAUAUUUGUGAAGAAUAACGAUGAGUUUGUUAAUAAGGUAAUGAAUAACGAUAAGCCAGUCAUAGUAAACUUUCACGCCGAAUGGUGUGAGCCGUGCAAAAUACUCACUCCCAAGCUCAAAGAGCUGAUAGAACCACUCAACAAUCUGGACCUGGCUGUGGUUGAUGUAGAGGAUAAUGCUGAACUGGUGCACACAUUUGAGGUAAAAGCUGUGCCAGCGGUUAUAGCAAUCAGAAAUGGUCUAAUAGUAGAUAAAUUCAUCGGCCUAGUGGACGCUGACAUGAUCAAUAACUUAAUCGACCGGAUGUCCGGCAAAAAGAAAGAUGGCGCGUAAAUAUAUUUGACAUAUUUUCUAGACAAUUGUUUUAUACAUAUAUGGAUAUAUUUCUUGCCAUUGAUUUGUUUUUUAGGUAAAUGUUAUCAGAUUUUACAAUUGACUGACCAUUUGAGAAUUAUAUGUAUUUAUAUACCCAUAGUUUUAUAAUCACAAAUUAAAUACUUAAUCAAUCAAAUCAUAAACCAUAUAAACUCACUAAUAUGCAUAUAAACAUGCAAUAAUAUAUUACUCUAAAUAAUAAAUGCCAUAGCCAUGUUUAUUAAUGAAGCGAACGAAUAACGCUUAGAAUAUUACAAAAUAGUUCUUUGCUUCUAAUUGAAGAGAGAAAUUGAAUUUUUUUUUCAAAAUUGUAUCUUAAACCAACCUGUAAAAAGUAUUUUCGCAUUGAGGUUGUGGUUCUUGAUAAAUUGAAUAUAUUGAUUUGUAUACGUAACUAUGUGGGUACAAUGGCGGAAACCGUGUGACAAUAUAAGGAGAAGCUUAGAAUAAUGUUGUAUUAAAAAAAAAAACAAUAAAAAUGUCUAAAAGAGUAGACGCUGAUUUUGCAUGAAAAAAAUAUUUUAUGUCUAUGCAUGUUAGACUUACAUCAUUAAUUUAUGUAGAUAAGUAGUUGUUAGCUUAAGUUAUAUUUGCCUGACUUCAGGUUUGCCAAUGAAAAAGUAUUUGCAAAUAUUCUCUAAUAUGUUUUAUAAUGAAAAUUAUAAAAUUUAUUACAAUAAAAGUGUAUAAAAAAUGGAAAAGGCACAUUGAGAGGCGUAUACAUAAUAACUAUAAAGUGACAUCACAAUGGAAUUUUAAUUUUAAAUAAAACACAGAAAACAAACGUACAAAUAGUCAUUUUUAUUUAGGAGAUAGAUUUAUAUAUGUAUGAAUAGUCAUUAAUAUUGAUUUUCGGGACGAAAUAUCUAAUGCGGGUCAUGAAAUCCGGGACGGUUGGCAACCCUAGGAUAUUUUCUUUUAUUUGUAAUAGAAAAUAUAUAAAAAACUUUUGAAUGUAUAUUUUAUAAUUUUUUUGAUAUUUAUAAUAUCAAAAAAAUUAUAAAAUAUGUACAUAUUAUAUUAUAAUAUAAUCAAAUGCUUCGUAUGUUUUUUAUUGCAGUUUUAAAAUUUAUAACUUAUUGUAUUUCUGAUAAUAAAUAAGACGAGAUGAAUUAUUAUACUUAGUUAUGUAUAUGUAAUUGAGAGGGAUUAUUUUGUAUUUUAAAGGAUCUACGUCCAAAGAGUUGUUUAAAAAAACUUGGAUUUAAUUUGUUAUGUCACCCACAUACAAUCAAGUAUGCCAUCAAGUCUAAUUCGACGCGUAUGUUUUUUUUUAAAUGUUUUGUUGCCAUUUAAAUGAAGUUAUGUAUGUUGUUAUUAAUAUGUAUUAUGUUAUUAAGUUAUUUUUUCUUAACCAAUUUUGAAAUUUCUGUUUUUGUUUGAAAGAGUAUACUUCCAGAUUGGUCCCAUUAAAUUUUUAUGGAAAUCGGUUCUGUAAUUUUGUGUUAAAAUUAAAAAAAAACUAAAUUGUCCUGCCCAUACUGUGGCGCUUUCGUUCACUAUGCUAGGAUAACUUAGAUAUCAUUUAAAAAUUACAUCUUCACAAUUUUAUUAGUAAACAGAUAGUAGAGUUACAUACUACAUACUAAAUAAGUAUAUUGUAUAUACUUAUAUAUAAAAGAAAAUAUGACUGAUAUAAUAAUAUCAAUUUAAAUAUUCAUUUUUCAUCAGCCACAUCUCUGAGCGUAACUUUCAGGUAUACUUGACUGUGUGUGUCUGUCGUUAGAUAUACACAUUUUAACAAUAUAAUAUUAUAUUUGUUCCAAAAGUUAAAUGUUAAUUGGUCUAUUCUUAAUAUUAAUAAUCUAUAUAUGAUAAAACAGUUUAUUAAUAUAAAUUUUGGAGUCUGUUUUACUUAUUUAUAUUGUAGAACCAAUUUAAAUGAGUGUAGUUUUUAAAUUAUAUCAAUAUAUUGAAAUAAAAUUAAUAAUCAAAUUUAAAUUUGAAUAUUAUGUACAGUAUGUAGAAGUGAUAAAAAGUGUCAUGUAUGACGAACCUUUUUAGUUCUAUAGCUAUUUAAACUAAUUAAUUUACCAGUAAAAAAUAGAAAGUAAAUUGGAAUCUUUUUGAUAAAUGUGACCAUUUUUUGUAGUGACAAUGAGUAUGUUGGGUUUUAAUUUUAAUGCAUGAAUAAAGUGAAUAUAUAAUGAUAUAAAUUGAGAUCUGUUCGCCAUACCUGUACCAUUUUUUGCAGUGUAAGUAAUUUUUAAAAUAUAGUUACCCAUAAUAUCUAUUAAUGUCUAAAAUCAAAUGUUUAUCUAAAUGAAUUAUAUUAUACUUAGUUAAAUUUUAAUUACAAAAACUAUGCAGCGAUAUUAGGUAUAUAGGUAGCAAAUUGUUAUGUACUUUAUAAUGUGCUCGUGUUUUUUUGUUUUAUUUUUGUAAAAUGUUAUUUAAUCCUGACUUAAGAAAUAAACUUUUGUUUUAUAAUUUA